AUUGAAUUAAAUGUCGAAAAAGUGAAAAUAAUCAGAAAAAGUGUACAUAAAAACACAGUUCAAUGUAUUUGAAAGCACUUUUAUUCGGUGGCCUUUUAUUGUUAUGUGGUUUUCAUAAAAUUCAUUGUCAGGCCGAAGAGGUGCCCACAGAAGCGGCGGUAACGCCAGCAGCUGAGGGGACGACAGCAGCGGAAGGGACAACAGGAGGACCAGACGAAGCGACAACACCCGGUGGGGCCGCUAAUGAAGCUAAAAUGGCGUUGGCUGAGGGACCGCCAACCGACCGUCCCAAGAGUCCAGAGGGCACGGAUGCCCCGCCAACGGACGCCCCGCCAGCCGACGACUCCUCUCAAUGCAAACGCAUUUGCACUACAAAUAAGGGCAAAAAAUAUCAGAACCAUUGCAUUGCACACAAAUACAAGUCCGCAGAGAAAAGCAAAUCACGGGAAGAAUGUCAGGAGAAGUGCAAACGACAGGCCACGUGUGAAUCGGCCACUUAUAUUGGGCCCCGAAGUGUCACUACUUUAGAUCUGAAGAAUCUCUUCAAUAAUGUCCUGAACCACGAAAAUUGGGUUCCCGUCAAAAAGCCCGACAGU